AUGUUUACCCAAUCAUCUACUAGUGUAUGUGAAAUCACGCCUCUCCAUACAUCUCAUAUUCCCACGGAUCUAGGACCUACUCAUCCCUCUUCUCACGGCAGCCUUACUUGUGAAUAUGAGACUCCGGCAGGCGCUUCUUUAACUGCCCAUAGGGUUGAGCAAGGAGCUGCUGUCGAGUAUGAAUCUGUAACGGGUUCUCUGCCACUAACAAGAGCUCAGUCAUAUCCCAUUUUGUCUUUUACUACUUCUCUUUCGGAAUCUAAUCCAUAUUUUAUGUCUAAUUCAAUCGAAUCCUUUAAAGCAACCGUCGAUACCCAUUUGAUUUUUACAGAUUUAUUGUGCUCUGAAUCCUUACAUUCUGCCUCAUCUUUUCAAUCACGAGGUGCUGUUUCGGAUCCCGAUCUUCACCUUUCCCGUCUUCCAAUCAGUAUCUCUAGUCCAUUAGUCGAUAGAUCUGCCUCUGACCAAUCGCCCCUGGCAGAUUCUUCAGCACCAUGCCCGAACCUAUGUAAAACAACAUCAUCAGCUGCAUCCACCUCUUACUAUCCUCCAUCUACUUAUCUAAACAUGCUUAAUCGGGAUACAAUUGCUAUUUCAAUUACUCUUCCUACAAGUGCCUCACAUGAUAUCUCUCCCUCUCGUUCUCCUCCCCCACAUCAUUGCGUUUCCCCCAUCCAUCCCAAUCAACCAAACCUAGACGCUUAUUACAGUCGCGAUAUUUUCGAAGAUUCCUUAUGUCUAGCCUAUCCCAGUCACAGAGGGACGUGCAACUCUGACAGUAAGAAUAUUGUUUCAACAUCCUCGUUCACUCCAUCUUCAUCUUUAAUGUUGAGUACGAAGGCCCAUGCAUCGACUGACCCUUGUCCUUUCCUAAAUGGAAGCAGCUCCUAUUCGGGCCUUGCUAUGCAUAAACAGAAUGAAACAGAUAAACUAUCUGAAACCAUCGAAAGCCUGGAUGAUAGUGUUAUUAUUGUCGGAGUAGAGCCCGCAAAAACUAAUUCUCAUGGUCUGUCUGAAGUCUUCGACAUUCAGCUUGGAAAUUUGCAUAAUAAGAAAAGAUCAAAAGAUUUUUCUGGACGUGAUUCAAGUAAUCUAGUCGAGGCACACAUUAGCGAAGCCUUUCCCUUGCAAAAGACAUCAUUUACCGCCAAAGUUGGUCCUGAGAGAAUCAAUAAGCAUAUUGUAUCUGUUGUGCAGGAGGCCAAGCUGGCCACAAAAAAUCAUCAGCUUGCUUUACGAAAUUGCAGAAAAACUCACUGCUUUGUAUUCAGCUGCACCACUUGA